AUGGCGAAGCGCGGGCCGGCUAUGGGGAUGCUGCUGCCCGGGGUCCUGCUGACCCUGGUGGUGGCCCUAGUGGGCCGAGGGGCCGCCGCACCCAACGGCACGCGGUCCGCCGACCUGGGGCACGGCUGGGACGGCCUGGUGGCCCGCUCCCUGGCACGCCUGCCGGUGGCCGCGCAGCCCCCGCAGGCAUCGGCCCGCAGCGGCGCAGGGGACUACCUGCUCGGCCUCAAGAGGCUGCGGCGGCUCUACUGUAACGUGGGCAUCGGAUUCCACCUGCAGGUGCUGCCCGACGGCCGCAUCGGCGGCGUGCACGCGGACACCGGCGACAGCCUUCUGGAGCUGUCUCCGGUGCAGCGGGGCGUGGUGAGCAUCUUCGGAGUGGCCAGCCGGUUCUUCGUGGCCAUGAGCAGCCGGGGCAAGCUCUUCGGUGUGCCUUUCUUUACCGACGAGUGCAAAUUCAAAGAGAUACUUCUCCCCAACAACUACAACGCCUACGAAUCGUACGUGUACCCCGGCAUGUUCAUGGCCCUCAGCAAGAACGGGCGGACCAAGAAGGGCAACCGCGUGUCGCCUACCAUGAAGGUAACCCAUUUCCUUCCCAGACUGUGA